UGGGAGCGAGGGAGACAAGAGUGAAGCAGGAAAGCAAACAGGCUUGAUUAAUUUCCGAGGAGGAGGAGGAAGGAGGCUAGAUCGUGGUGAGGACGCAAGAGAAAGAAAGAGGUGCAGCAGUGGGGGGUCCAGUGACCUUUGAGGAGGAGGAGGCAGCAGCUGUGCACUUCACGGAGGAGGAGUGGGUCUGCUGGAUCUGGGCCAAAGAGCUCCGUGCAGGGAAGUCAUGGAGAAGAUUUAUGAGAUUGGAGCCUCUUUUAAAUCGGAGCUCAAUUCCUGUUCGGAAGACGGAGAGGAAGAAGGAGAAAGUCUGUUUAUCCAGGUCGCCAAAGAAGAGGAGGAGACCUCAGCAGAACGAGACCUCGCUUCCUGUAAGGAAGAAGGAGAAAGUCUGUUUAUCCAGGUCGUCAAAGAAGAGGAGGAGACCUCAGCAGAACCAGACCUCAUUUCCUGUUGGAAAGAAGGAGAAGAUCCAGUGAUGCAGGAACCCAAAGAAGAGGAGGAGACCUCAGCAGGGCCUGAUGAACUGCAUCCCAGAGUAUUGAAGGAACUUGCGGAUGUACUCUCGGAACCUCUUGCCAUCAUCUUUGAGAAAUCCUGGACAACAAGAGAGGUGCUGGAGGAUUGGAGACGGGCAAACGUCAUCCCGCUCUUUAAAAAGGGAUACAUCUGGGGGGUCAAGGCUGAGGAUGAACCAUCUGAAGUAUCACUGGAAAAAGCUGAGGAGCAGGUUCAGGAGCAGAAACUGAGGAGUGAAGAUGGAGCAAAGGGACAAGAAGAGAGACAGACUCGCACAGGGGACAAACCUUAUAAAUGCUUGGAGUGUGGAAAGAGCUUCAGUCGGAGUAACACCCUUACUUCACAUCAAAGAAUUCACACAGGAGACAAACCUUAUAAAUGCUUUGUGUGUGGAAAAAGCUUCUGUCAGAGUGGCCAGCUUACUUCGCAUGAAAGAACUCACACAGGGGACAAACCUUAUAAAUGCUUGGAGUGUGGAAAAAGCUUCAGUCACAGUAGCACCCUUACGGUGCAUCAAAGAUCUCACACAGGGGACAAACCUUACCAAUGCUUGGAGUGUGGAAAGAGCUUCAGUCAGAGCAGCACCCUUACGGUGCAUCAAAGAUCUCACACAGGGGACAAACCUUACCUAUGCUUGGAGUGUGGAAAGAGCUUCUGUCACAGUGGCCACCUUACUUCGCAUCACAGAACUCACACAGAGGACAAACCUUAUAAAUGUUUGGAGUGUGGAAAGAGCUUCAGUGUCAGUGGCAACCUUACUUUGCAUCAAAGAACUCACACAGGGGACAAACCUUAUAAAUGCUUGGUGUGUGGAAAGAGCUUCAGUCGGAGUGGCACCCUUACUUCACAUCAAAGAUAUCACACAGGAGACAAACCUUACCAAUGCUUUGAGUGUGGAAAGAGCUUCAUCUGGAGUAGCGCCCUUACUUCGCAUCAAAGAAUUCACACAGGGGAGAAACCUUAUACAUGCUUGGAGUGUGGAAAGAGCUUCAUCUGGAGUAGCGCCCUUACUUCGCAUCAAAGAAUUCACACAGGGGAGAAACCUUAUAAAUGCUUGGAGUGUGGAAAGAGCUUUAGACGGAGUAGCUCCCUUAUGAUGCAUCAAAGAAGUCACACAGUGGACAAACCUUAUCAAUGCUUGGAGUGUGGAAAGAGCUUCAGUGACAGUAGCACCCUUAGAGUGCAUAAAAGAAUUCACACAGGGGACAAACCUUAUCAAUGCUUCGAGUGUGGAAAGAGCUUCAGUCAGAGUGGCCACCUUACUUUGCAUCACAAAACUCACAGGAGACAAACCUCAUAAAUGCUUGGAGUGUUGAAAGACCUUUCGUCAGAAUGGCUACCUUCAGGCACAUCAAAGUAUCUGUACAAGGGAAGAGAUUUAUCAGUGCUUUGAAAAGUUUGUUUUUAUUUAUUUAUUAGAUUUAUUAGUGGCCCAUCUGGCUGGUUGUCCAGCCACUCACCACUGAGAAGGCCCUCUCCCUUGUUGCCAGACUCCCAGCUUCCCUCGGAGGAGGCACCCAGAGGUGCUACUAGCACACAGGAGAGAGCCUUUUCAGCUGUGGCCCCCAAGCUUUGGAAUUCCCUGCCCCACUGCCCCAAGAAGUUUGCUCUGCAUAUAACUUGGGAGGGACUGAGAAGGUUAAAUAGGUUUUCAUCAAUUUUUUCUAAUAAGGUAAUGCCCUGGCCUCUAUUAUUUUACUUAUUUGUUUUAUUUCAAGUAUUUUAUCCUGCUCUUCAGGGAAAAAAAGUAUCUCAGAGCAGCAUAUAAAUGUCAUCUUUAAGACAGUCCCUGUCCUCAGACUUACAAUUUAAAGACAGAACACAAAAGGAAAGAGGAUUAGGAGGGAGGAAGGAAGGUUUAAUUUGGCUAAGAGGGAUUUUCCCCUGAGCCUCUGGGUAAUGAAGGAAGCCCAUUCCCCCCUCUAAUCCAAUGGGAAGCCUGGCAUCUACUUGCCUGUAGGAAGCCGUGUGACUUGAGUUAAUUCAGUGCAUGGCUUUGAUCCCUGAUCAAAUUUAUUUGUAUUCUGGUGUCACAUUCUGCAAAAGGCAACUCAGUAGAAUAGGAGGGAUAGUGUUUUACCGGGGAUGAAUAAGGAAAACAGAAAAUAGGACAGGAGUGUGGUCAGUGGCCAGAGACGAUGGGGACUAUCAUCUGGCAACAUCUGCAGGACUACAGGGUGCCAAGCCCUGACACAAGGGCUCCUUCCCUGGUAAAGUGGAACCACCGGAGUGCAGGGGGAAUGUAACGUCCAUCUGCAAAUAAGUACUUACUCCAGAAACAUGGUUAGUGGGGUCUGGGAAAAGUUGUACAGAAGUUGCUGAAGAAAAUACUUUGGAGAUAUGAUCCCACUGAUGAGAAAAUCUCCAGGUCGGUAGUAAUUUUGUGCGUUGUCUUCUCUGAUCAGAUUCAAGGGGCAUUUUGCCUUCAGGUUCCCACAGACUCCAUGUGGCAUGAGCAGCAGAAGUAGCAACGGAAGUACCAGGGAGACCAUUCUGGCUCUUCCUCCUGCACCUGUCUUGAGAGUCCUCCUCUCUCCUCCAGAGCCAGCUAACAGAAGAAGCCAAACACUUGCAAGACCCAACCUGCAGCAGCUUUACAAGUAUGGGUAGCUUCAGAGCCAUUCAACUCAUGCAGGAAUAUCUCCUGGCCCCCUUUCACCUGCUCUGAAUCUGGAGUCACUCUUUUUCUGAUGCAAAACAGGAGAUAUUCUGUGUGCCAACAUUUUCCCCCCAGGCACAGUGGAAUAAAUAACCUCAUUUUAUGCUUGAUUCUGAUGUUUACAAACUCUCCAGAAAUAUCUCUUGAGUUUGGAAAGAAUGGAGAUAAAUCACCAUGACUGUGAUCAUUAUACAGCGAAGAAAGUUUAUUUAUUUAUUUAUUUAUUUAGUUUCAUUUAUAGACUGCCCAUAACCAAUGGCUCCCUGGGCGGUGUACAACAUAUAAAAGUACAAUAUAAAAUACAAGUGCAUUAAACAAUAUCAAAAACAACUAAAGCAAUUAACACAUCAAAAUACUUAAAAAUAUAUUAAAUAUAUUUAAAAUGUAUUUAAAAUGCAUUUAAAAUGCCUGGGAGAAUAGGAAGGUUUUAGCCUGGCGCCGAAAAGAUAACAACGUAGUUCAUCUCUCCAGCAUCCUGGACUCUCUGAGUGACUUUCUAGGGGCAGGGGCAGAUCUGGAGAUAAACAUGUUUGUGUGAAAUUGCAGAUGCGGCUCCAAAGUUUGACAUGAGAAAAAGUGGGGGGCAUAUUAAAUCUCUUAGACAUGGGAAGAUAUCUGGUAUGCAUCUAAACAUACUAAGGAAUUGUCAGUUCAUGAAAGAUUUUCAAUGUUUAUACAUACAAUUGUCCACCUAAGUGGAGUCACUUAACAGUUUUCGAUAUAAGUAAUUUAUUGCAAUUUUAUCAGUGUGAUUUAAUAGAUUCUAACUGAUGGUAAUCACUCUGAGAUGUUUUUGACUUGGAGAUAAGCUAGAAGUUUAUGCUUUUAUGGCUGGAGUUGUUAGGAAUGAGCUACCGAAACAAUGGAUUCUGGGUGUGUCACAGUGGUGAGACUCAUGAAUAGACUAGGAAUGCUUCAUUCCCAGUGAAUUAAGCUUAGUUGUACCGCAAUUGGUUGGCGGGAAUCAAUAUUACAUCUGAAUCCUCUAUCAUCUCUUAGUCCAGCUAAACUAAAAGUGGGAAUAUUUGCCACAAUGGAGGAUAGACAGGAGUGUGUGACUGUGUGUAGGAAGGAGCCUACCAUACAAAGCCAACAUUUAUAGUCUUUGUUCUGCUCACUUCUGCCUGCCCACUACUGGCUUGUGGCUCCUUGGAGGUUACCCAGAAGGGGAUUCAGAAAAAGGUUUCCAACCUCCACAGUAAUGUGAACAGGUCAUUAUGUUCAGAAGUAACUACUCCAUAUGGUGCAUGAAUAUUUGUGUACAGUGCCGUGAAAAAGUAUUUGCCCCGUCUGAUUUUCUGCACUGUUGCAUAUUUUUGGCAAUGAAUGUUGUCAGAUCUUGAACCAAAACCUCUAUUAA